AUGUCGGAACCGGAAUCCCGGCUAUCGGCGCCUGGGAGAAUACCGUCAGGAACAACCUCUGUCGGCGCACUUCCCCCGCUGACGUUGCCACCGCCGCGUUUAGACCCUCUCGCCGGAAUAUCGUCGGUGCACCACUCCUAUGCUUCUCCUAGUCUGGCCACUCAGAUGAUGCCCUCUCCAAUUCUGCAGUCUGGAAUGAUGUCUCCUGUAUCAGCACAAUCACCGAUCAGUCACCAGAUGGUGUCUCCACAGCAGAAGCCCCAGCCCGUUUCUUUGACUGGUGGCCAAGUUCCUCAGCAGCAACACUUACAAGACUUGCGACGGCAGAACAUGAAUAUGAUACACCCGCAAGAUCAGAUGCGCGGACAGUUCUCUCACACUGUGACAACAGUGCCCUCAAAUAAACGACCCAAUGAAAUGGGUCGACAAAUUCAA